AUGAAUUCCACAAUUUUUAUCAGAAUUUAUAAAGUACAUUAUUCAGAUAUACCUGUUUCCGAGACUUUAAGCAUGAACUUGAAAGUAUGUGGUAAAUUUACAAUAGAAAGUAUGCGACAAGAAUGUGACAAUCAAGAUCCUAGUUUACUACAUUUACACGUUACAGUACGAUUCAACAGACUAGAUGACGCUUUAGACGCUAUCAAUAAGUAUGUAAUAUUUCUACAAAUGGGUCUACAGUUUAGUGGGCACGUGAUAAGAGUCAAGAAACAGAGUACCAGAAGAAGUAUAGAAAUACUAGCAAGGAUAGAACAGUUUCUCGCAGUAAUACUAAAGAAUACAAGGUUACUGAAAGGAAAAGGUCGCCUCCAAUUAGAAGGAGUCCACAAAGACAACGCAGACGACAAUCAAGUUCCUCUUCCGAGAAGAUCUGAACAUACCUCAAGAAUCCGAUCUCGUUACAGCUAUAAGGAAAAAGUCAAAAAAGCUAUUAAACGUCGUGUUCGGGUGUUGUCUAACAGCUCGAGUUCUGAAACUUCCAGUACCCUAGUGACGUCUGGAACAGACAGCAGCAGUCCAUCCUCUACGAUCAGUAACCAUGUCCGAAAAAUAUCAAUUAUCUCCAGGUCGGAAGAGCUUAAUGAUGUUUCACUACCUAUAACUGAUAAUAAACCAACAACAGUUUUCGAGAAGAAAACAAAGAAGGUAGAAAUUAGUCCAAUUAAGUUUGGGUAUGUCUCGGUAACCAACCAAAAACCAAAGUUUCAAGAAGUGAGAAAAUUAGUAGUAGCAAAGUCUCAUGAAGAUUCCAGACGUAUUGUUUCUAUGGCUCCAUCUAAGACUAAGCACCAACUUUUAUCAAGUAGAGACAUUUCAGGGAACAAAUCGUCUGUAAAAAUGAACCACCAGGAAAUAAACUCUGAUUGUACUUCAAGUGAGUCAGAGAAUAACAAAAAGGUUCCCGAACAAACUGAUCCCAAGAAAGCAAAGAUUGUUGAGUCAGAUAACUUGUCUGUAGGUACAAAAGAAUUACUUGCUUCUGCAGAUAGGACAUUGUUACCCGAUAACAACGUAAACGUUCCAAACCAAACUAGAAAAAUCAAAUUUAAUAUAAAUAAAACGUCUACGCUUGUGAAGGAUUAUAAGAUGUUUCAAAAUCCUUUAGAUUCGAACGAGCUGUGCAAUACUAAUGAUGUUAAUGCUAAUUCUGAAAAUAUUAAGCCAAAAAGAAAGCGAAAUAAAUCCGAAAUUACGCCUUCAUUUAAAUCUAAAAUUCCGUCAACUUCUUCGAGCCUUUCGAGAAAUACACAGAAACAAAGACUAUAUAAGAGCAAAUCUUUUCAAAAUUACGAGGUCGCAGAUAAAUCAAUAGAUAUCAAUGGAUAUAAUACUGUCACACACGAUCAUCACGAGACGAUAAAACAAGCUGAUGUACAACCUGAUGUAACAUCUUUGAUAUCUAAACGGUUUGUGGACUUUCACCAGAAAAAGUUGACAAACAGCCAAACCAAUGAAAUUACAUCUGAUGUCCAACAAAUACCAAAUAUCUUGACAAUUAAGAUAGAUGGUCCUAAAGAAUCUUUUAAAGAGGGCAGAGUAGAAAAUGUUUCAUCUCCACGACGACGUGUCACAACAACAACCGAAGGGAUAGAAGCAAACAAUAAUGAAGAAAGUGACCACAUGUCCACUAGAAAAGAUUUGGAAUCCCAUCUACCUGAUGUAACAUUGCGUUCAUUUAAUGCAUCCGUUGAUUCUAUACAUCAACACUCGGGACCAAGUCCAAAGACCCACCAAGAAUUUAAUAUUCAAAUUGAAUCAACCAAUGUGCUCAGAUUAAAUCUAGAAAAAACAAAAUCAACAAAUCACAAGAUCCAAUGUGACGACGCAAUUCUUCCUGUUGAUUCAGAAGCUCUUGACUCAGACCAUUCCAUUCUUAGUGACAAUUUGAGUGCUACUUCCAUUUCUUUCAGUGAAGACAAAUCUAGCAUUGACACUCAUGUUGAAGAGUCUACGAUUCUAUUAGAUGAGGUCAUGCAUUGUAUAGAUUUAAACACAUCUUCAGUGACUGAAACAGAUGCAACUGUGCCUAUGAAGGAAGAGCUGCAAAGACAUAACAAUAAUACUUUUUCUUGUAGUCAACUGGAGUUAAGUGGAUCCCCAUCUUACAAAGUGGAUUUUGUUUCAUCAAACGAUUCUGGUGUUCAACCCCCUAAACUAUUAACUUUGGUCACAAAUAACAACACGAUGAAAGACAAUUUAGGCAGUAACACAUUCGAAAAGACUUCACCGUGUCUGAAGUACUGUAGUAUUGCAUUAAAUCCUGAAAAUAUCUAUAUACCUCCCUGCACUGAUCUUGUAAGUUCAAAUCCUCAAGUUAAUACAUCGACAAAAUGUGAAAAACUUUAUUUAUCGAAACCACAAGACGCUUUAAAAGAGUCCACAAUACAAAAUGUAUGUUGUGAACAGAAUAUCAACUCACUAAAAGGUUAUUUAAAGGAUCCACCAAUAUCUGCACCAGGUCCUAAUUCUGAUUUGACAAACACUGAAAUGGAAACUGUUUCCAAAUAUGGUAGAAAACAAAACCAAGAGACAGGUAUGCGACUUAUCGAACACUCAGAAUCUGCACCAUAUGGUUUACAUUCGGACACUCCACUGCAGCAGAUGGGUAUAGCUUUUGCUGAAGAGACUGAAUCAACAAAUAAACUGAAACGACCAAUAUCUGAAGAUAUAGACCACCCUGGGGGGGAAAUCAACAUCAAGCAGUCAACCAAUCCUGCAAAACGACAAAAACAAGCUGAUGAUGGAUAUGUGUGCUCACUAGUCAAACCGCACCAAAUGUCAUUUUUACUGGGUGAGAAGGAAAAGUUAGAAAAGUUAUAUAAUGAGGAAUGUCGAACGGUUUGUAAUGUGGUUCAACUAUUAGUCAGUCAAGAUCCGAGUUUAGAGAAACAUGUUGAGAAAAGUUUGAGUCAAACAUUGGAGAAUAUAGGAGAGAAAUAUGUCAGUAAACUACAAGAAACUGUUUUGGAACUGUCUGAAUUGGAAACAUGA